CUCAGCAAUGGCAAGGUCAGUCAUCGCUUAGCUUCUGAAAAGCCAUCUCGCCUGAACCCACCCCAAAAUGCGUCGCUCUCUAGCUCUGGUAGCGCUUCUGUCGGCCGUGGCCUUCGCCCAAGACGGAACUCUUCAUACGCAUCCUUGCACCGGUGGACUUCCACAUCCCAACUGGGUCCGGAUCGAGGGAUGCACCCAGAUGCCCUGCAAGCUGAUCCGCGGCCAGGACGUCAACAUGUGGCUGGAGUUCACUGCCCUGUCCAGCUUCGACGGUCUCACCACCAAGGUCAUGUCCACGGUCGGUAAUGAGAUCAACGUUCCGUAUCCGCUUCCGUCGGACAAGUCGAACGCCUGCAACUGGCUAGUGAACACCCGGUGCCCCGUCGACUACAACGAAGACGUCGAGUACCAUCUGAACUUCUACGUGAGCUACAUCUACCCGGAGGUUCCGGAUCUGAAGCUGGAGAUCAGCCUGAUCGAUAACUACAACCACGUGCAGUCGUGCUUCGUCGUGGACACUUCUGUGGUGUCGUCGUAGACUGUUGAACCCCUCUAUCUAAGACUGAAAUAAAUGGUUACGAAUUUAGUUCUGUAAGAUGCAUCCAACA